AUGAAAACAUCAACGUUAAAAACUACGUCAUCAGCAGGAACAACAACAGGCCCAACAACUACAACUAAACUUACAAAACGAAUAGACAAUGCAAAUAGUAAAUCGAAUCGAGAUACACAUGCAAAAUGCAAUAAUAUGUUAGAAAAUACUAAAGUCGCCAAUGCAAAUAAUUGCAAGGACAUGGUACAAAAUGAACUUAAUAUGACAACAGCAACAAUAACACGUAAUCAUCAUUAUCAUCAUCAACAUAACCAUCAUCAUCUUCAAGUGCCACACCAACAUCAACACCAUCAUCAUCAUCAGCAGCAGCAACAACACCUGCAAUUGCCUCAGCACCAACAGCAACAACAACAACAUUGUCAACUAGACAAAAUUUCUGUUCAUUCGAUUAGUUCAGAGGAUAUAUCGACAACAGUUGGUGGUAAAUGUUGUAGUGCUGCAGCACGUAAUCCGGCAAUAAAAACUGGUCGUCGUAUACAAUUGAUGCAGAUGAUAAUUUUACCUUUUAUACCGAUAUUGGCGUUAAUAGUACAAACAUCCGUAAUACUACAAGAAAUUCUUGACUAUCGAGCAGAAGUUGCGGACAUUGAAACACAAGUAACCAUGGUGGCAGAUUUGGGAAAAGUUGUAACACGUUUACAAUUGGAACGUUCAGAGGUAGCAUAUAUUUUCACAAAUGGCAGCAAAGAACGUUCAAACUUGACACAACGUUUUGCUGUUACUGAUCAGGCAUUAAACAACAUGACCACCUGGAGUGAGGUUAGUGUACCCACAUCACCAGAUGACGAUGAUUACGAGGUAUUAUUAAAUCGUACUGAAUUUCAAAGUCGUUUAAAUGAGUUUAGGGAUAGAAUACGUACCGAACCGGAGGAUAAUUCAAUAACUGAUGUCAUGAAUUGGUAUACAUCGGUUAAUAAGGCUUUGCUGCAGCAUUUGUCGGAACAAAUUAAAGAGGCUGAUAAUAGUGGGGUUUGGAGAUAUUUGGUGGGUUUUAAAAAUCUUUUGAAGAGUAUUGAAUGUCAAAAUAUUGCCUCCUCUUUUGGCAUUAAGUAUUAUGGUCGUGGCUAUUUAAGUUCUGAUGGUUUUGUUUCCUUUAUACGUUAUGAGUUUUUGGCAAGAGAACUUAUUAAUUCGACAUUAAAUUAUGUGCCAAGACUGACCUCGAUGUAUAAAAAUAUUACAAAGACUGCAAAAUAUAAGAAAAUGAAAAGAAUGAGUUCCAUAGUUUUAAAGAAUAAACCAAAUGUAUCCGAUGAACGAAGUGCCAUUGAGUAUUAUGAUUCCAUGCACAAUUACACCGACGAUUUAAGAAUUUUACAAAAGGAUUUAAGACGUAAAAUAAAGGAAUAUGUCGAUGAACAGUUAAGAGAUGCUGCCAAAAAGGAAGCUGUGGGUAUAGGUAUUCUAGUGGUAGUUUUGUGUGUAUCGCCCAUUAUAAUUAUAUUAGUGAAAAAUGCAGCGGCCACCAUACAGAUGUACGCUUUAAAUUUGGCCCAAAAAGCCAAAGAAUUGAAAAGGGAAAAACGUAAAAGUGAUUCUUUACUCUUUCAAAUGUUGCCACCCAGUGUGGCCAUGCAGUUGAAACACACGCAACAGGUGCCAGCAGAACUAUAUGAAUCGGCUACAAUAUAUUUUAGUGAUAUUGUAGGUUUUACGGAAAUUGCCGCCCGUUGCACCCCUUUAGAGGUGGUUACAUUUUUAAAUUCGAUUUAUCGUGUAUUCGAUGAACGCAUUGAAUGUUAUGAUGUUUACAAAGUUGAAACUAUUGGUGAUUCUUAUAUGGUUGCAUCUGGAUUGCCGGUUAAAAAUGGCAACAAACAUUUUAGUGAAAUUGCAACAAUGGCACUUGAUUUGCUAGACGCCUCGUCCUUUUUUAAAAUACCACGUUCCAUAGAAACACUACAAAUACGUUGUGGCGUACAUACCGGACCAGUGGUGGCUGGUAUUGUUGGUACAAAAAUGCCACGUUACUGUCUAUUUGGUGAUACGGUCAAUACAGCAUCACGUAUGGAAUCGACGGGGGAAGCGCAUAAAAUACAUAUUACUGAGGAAAUGCAUCAGGCUCUAAUGAAAGUGGGUGGUUUUAAAACAGAACAUCGUGGUCUUAUAGAUGUUAAGGGCAAAGGACUGAUGAACACCUAUUGGCUGACCUGCAAAGAUGGUCCGGUUAGAGUGCGUGAAGAAAUCUCUUGGUUUGCUGAUAUGCAACCUGUGUUUUUGGAAAAUUUGAAAUUAGAACCGGCCUAUAAAAGUAGCAAACAGAAAAAAUGAAAUUCUAUCAAUCAUGUUGUGUUUCCUUUCUAUUCGUUUUCAAGUCAUCACCAUCGCAGCAACCACAAACCCACCAACAAAUAUCCAUAUAGUUAAAUUCAAUUAAUAAUACUAAAUGAUAAAAAUAGUAAUAUGUAGUAAAUUAAUGUUGUUGUAGUAUUAAAAAUAGUUAGAAAUAUAUGUUUGUCUG